UCUGGAUGCAUCAGAAAGCGUUUGCCAGCAGCAAAGUCCAUAAUUUCAAAUUCUAAAUCUUCAAAGAAAUAAUUCUAAAAACAAAAAAUGGGUUGCAAGGCUUGUGGAACAAACUGCCAGUGCUCGGCCACCAAGUGCGGAGACAAUUGCGCCUGCAGCCAGCAGUGUCAAUGCGCCUGCAAGAAUGGACCCAAGGACAAGUGUUGUUCCACCAAAAACUAAUAAGCAAUAUAUGUAGCAGCUCCUCUGGCAUAAAGUGAUUUGUUGGCAUUUAAUAAUAAUAUAUAAACUGGAUUAAAAAAAAAACAAACUGUGUUUUUAGUUUGAAAAAUCAAAUCUUUAUUGGCCAUUUUGACAAGAAUAGUUC